GAAUGAACGAAUAAAUAGAUAAUCGGAAGAGAGAAUUGGAAUAGAGGGAGUUAGUUGCAGCAAGGAAGGAUGCCGAAGAGGACGACCCAUACAUACUCAAGCGAGGAUGCAGCUCCUGAGGGCCCACACUCCGAUCUCUUCGUUUAUUACUGCAAACACUGCGGAUCCCAUGUUCUCAUCACUGAUACCCAGUUGCAGAAAAUGCCUCGAAGAAACACUGACAGAGCUUACGUUUUGGAUAAGACCAAACAUCUUGCAAGAUUCAAUAUUCACGAAGCUGGCAACGUUCUCUUAAAGCGUGGCCAAGGCAAACUCGAGAAACAAUUCCGCAUGAAUUGCAUCGGUUGCGGUCUCUUUGUUUGCUAUCGCUCUCAACAAGACUUCGAUUCUUCCUCUUUCAUUUAUGUUCUUGACCAAGCACUCAGUACUGUUGCUGCUGAAACCAACCCACAGGAUGCUCCCGUUCCACCCUGCAUUUCCACUCUUGAAGGUGGUCUUGUUCAACUUGCUAUUGAAGUUGAAGAUCGUGCUCACCGCUCCGCAAUCACCAGAGUAAAUGCUGAUGAUGUUCGUGUCACUGUAGCUGCUCCUGCUGCUCGUGGAGAAGCUAACAAUGAACUUUUGGAGUUUAUGGGAAAGGUUUUAGGUUUAAGAUUGAGUCAAAUGACUCUUCAGAGAGGAUGGAAUAACAAGUCAAAGCUUCUUGUGGUGGAGGAUCUCACUGCUAGACAAGUUUAUGAGAAACUUUUGGAGGCUGUGCAACCUUGAUGCUGUCCAUUACUUUACUUUUAUUAUGCAUGGGUUCUGGUUUCAUUAUAGAUGUUGAAUCUCUUUCAUAAAUCUAAAUUAGUUUGGGGUUUGAAUUUCAGUUUUAUUUCUUCAAUUUUACCAAGAUACACGUACAAGGCCAUUGGCCUAUUGCACCCUGAACAUUGAUAUUAGAAAUCUUGAAUAACUUAAAACUCAAUUGCUUAAUCAGCAAUUGAGUGUGUUUGAGCAA